GCCUUGGAGUGCAGGACCUUGUUGACCUUCCCAGGGCGGGCCCUGGUCCUCAGCCACCCAGGUGAGCUGCCUGCUGCGGCCUUUGCCUUAUUGGAUGCACCUGGACAUGGAGCCCGUGUCUCCUCGGCUGCGAGCCUUCCUCUCAGAGCCCAUGGGAGAGAAGGACGUCUGCUGGGUGGACGGGAUCGGCCGGGAGCUGGCCAUCAACUUGGUCACCAAAGGGUUCAGCAAGGCCUACAUCCUGUUGGGACAGUUCCUUCUGAUGCACAAGGACGAGGACGAGUUCCAGAAGUGGCUCAUCUGUUGCUUCGGGGCCACCCAGUGUGAGGCGCAGAGAAGUGCUACCUGUCUGAAGGAGUGGUGCACCUGCUUCCUGUAGACACCGCCCCGCCCCCUCUCCACCCUGUGAAUGACACCUUGGCCUCCUGCACCUGGCUACGGGUCUUCAUUUGUGCUUCUGCCUUUACUGACACAAACACAUCCUAAAAGCAGGAGAAGAAUAGGAAAGGGCUGAGCAAGGUGGUACAUAUUUGGAAUCCCAGGACUUUGGAGGCUGAGGCAGGAGGAUCACUGGGAGUUCGAGGCCAGCGUGGACUACAAAGUGAGUUCAAGACCAGCUUAAACCCUGUAGUGAGAGUCUGCCUCCAAGAAACAAACAGAAAAAGACUAUGAGAAAAUCACCCCCAAAAUUCCACUACCCAGACAUGGCCAUUACUGUCUUCAGAUAACUAUCACAUCAACAAGCUCCCU